GGGAGAGCCAGGAACUUCUUUCCCCUUCUCUGUGUCAGGAUCGCAGAAAUUAUGCCCCUUCUCUCACCAUGAGCUGGCUCUCCAGUUCCCAGGGAGUUGUGCUCACUGCCUACCACCCCAGCGGCAAGGACCAGGCCCUGGGGGGGAACCAUGGCAAGGGAGGGGAGGAAGCCACCACGAGUCGCAGAUAUGGCCAGUAUACUAUGAACCAGGAAAUCACCAAAGUUAUAGAAAGGCCUCCAUUUGAUCGAUCAAGUUCCCAGGAUUCUUUGGAUGAACUAUCUAUGGAAGAUUAUUGGACCGAACUAGAAAAUAUCAAGAAAUCCAGUGAGAACAGACAAGAUGAUCAAGAGGUGGUGGUUGUCAAAGAGCCUGAUGAGGGAGAACUGGAAGAAGAAUGGCUUAAGGAGGCCGGUUUGUCCAAUCUCUUUGGAGAGGCUGCUGGGGAUCCCCAAGAAAGCAUGGUGUUUUUAUCAACACUGACCCGGACGCAGGCGGCAGCUGUUCAGAAACGAGUAGAGACUGUCUCCCAGACCUUGAGGAAAAAAAACAAACAGUACCAGGUUCCUGACGUCAGAGACAUAUUUGCUCAACAGAGAGGGUCAAAAGAAAGUGAGCCUCCAGAUGGUACAGAAUCACAAUCAGUCAGAACAGACGAAAACAAAUACCAAGGAAAAGAUGAUCAGGCAUCUAGCCUAGUUGUUGGCGAAAAGGAGCUGACUCCACUGGUGCCUGAAGAGGCACCUGCCUCUGAAACAGACAUCAACCUGGAGGUAUCAUUUGCAGAGCAAGCUGUCAAUCAGAAAGAGAGCCCCAGAGAGAAAAUCCAGAGGAGCAAAGGGGACGAUGCCCUGUUACCUAGUUUCAGGUUGCCAAAAGACAAAACAGGCACCACCAAGAUUGGUGACCUGGCACCCCAGGACAUGAAGAAAGUUUGCCAUUUAGCCUUAAUUGAGCUGACCGCCCUCUAUGAUGUAUUGGGUGUUGAACUGAAACAACUAAAAGCUGUGAAAAUCAAAACAAAAGACUCUGGCCUUUUUGGUGUUCCAUUGACAGUACUGUUAGAACAAGAUCAGAAGAAAGUACCAGGAACUCGAAUACCCUUGAUAUUUCAAAAACUCAUUUCUCGCAUUGAAGAGGGAGGUUUGGAAACAGAAGGCCUCUUAAGGAUACCUGGAGCUGCCGUUCGAAUCAAGAAUCUUUGCCAAGAACUGGAAGCAAAGUUUUAUGAAGGGACUUUUAAUUGGGAAAGUGUUAAGCAGCAUGAUGCCGCCAGCCUGCUGAAGCUCUUCAUCCGGGAGCUGCCCCAGCCACUGCUCAGCGUAGAAUAUCUCAAAGCCUUUCAGGCUGUCCAGAAUCUUCCAACCAAGAAGCAACAACUACAGGCUUUGAACCUUCUUGUCAUCCUCCUGCCCGAUGCAAACAGAGACACACUCAAGGCCCUGCUUGAAUUUCUCCAAAGAGUCGUGGACAAUAAAGAGAAAAAUAAGAUGACAGUCAUGAAUGUAGCAAUGGUCAUGGCCCCAAAUCUCUUCAUGUAUCAUACAUUGGGUUUGAAGUCCAGUGAACAGCGAGAAUUUGUAAUGGCAGCUGGGAUAGCUAAUAUCAUGCACUUAUUGAUUAAGUAUCAAAAACUUCUGUGGACAAUUCCCAAGUUUAUUGUCAACCAAGUGAGGAAACAAAACACUGAAAAUCAUAGAAAAGAUAAAAAAGCCAUGAAGAAAUUGCUGAAGAAAAUGGCCUAUGACCGGGAAAAAUAUGAAAAACAAGAUAAGAGUGCAAAUGAUGUGUCACUUAAUCUUCGAGUUUUGGUGUUCCCUUCUGAGAAAUUCAGCGAUUAUUCUGACAAAAUACUAGCUGACGUUCCUCAGGGAGUGAUUCGAGUGCAAGCUCCCCAUCUUUCGAAAGUUUCCAUGGCAAUACAGCUAACUGAAGAACUCAGAGCCAGUGAUGUACUUGCCAGGUUUCUCAGCCAAGAAAGUAGUGGGGUUGCCCAGACUCUCAAGAAUGGGGAAGUUUUUUUGUAUGAAAUUGGAGGAAAUAUUGGGGAACGCUGCCUCGAUGACGACACUUACAUGAAGGACUUAUAUCAGCUCAACCCCAAUGCUGAAUGGGUUAUAAAGUCAAAGCCAUCAUAGAAGUCUUAACGCUGCAAAUAACCGCAAGGACUCCCUUAGUCAUAUUUGCUGGGUCAAGAGUGUAAAUAAAAGAAACAGUGGGACACUUUUAUUAUUCAAAUGUACCUGACUCUUGAAUAGUGACACACUCAAGCUUUAAAAAGUUAUAGAUUUGUGCUGCUGCCAGAUUAUGUUAAUUAUUAUUAUUCAUAUUAUUAUUAGAAAACAUCUCCGGAGUGAGAAGAAAGGGGCUUAUUUAGCUUGGAGGCUAUUUUCAUACACUCUGUGGAAUGUGUCCAGAAGUGACAUCAUUUUUUUUUAAUGUGAAAAUAUACUCUCCUCCCUCUCUUUUUUUCUCCUCAAAUAAUACAUACAGUAAUAUAUGCUUUUUCACCUUUCUCUCCUCCUGACAUCUGCCUUUCCCCAAAUGGGUUUACUUUUCAACCAAAAAGGUAACAAAUACCAGGUAUGGCAAGUUGUAAAGACAGUACCUCUUAAACCAGACUGAAUUCAACAGUAUUCCUGUCUCUACUGAAUGUUAAUAUUUAUCUCUUUGAAUCAUUUGUUCAAACAAUAACAUCCCACUUCUUCCCGCUGUAUCACAUGAAGUGAUUUGCAUUUUUUUCAGUUUAUCUGACAUAUGUGCACAAAACUGUAUCCACUAUCAAGAAAAUAGAACUGUCAGAAACUGCCAAUUAUUACUGCACCAUUUAAGACUUACAUACUCAGAAGAAAUAAAAAAUAUCCACGUGGAAUAACUGGAUUAUGGAUAACGAGAGUGAAAGCCAGAUCACUUCACGUAUGCUGUAGUCUUCUAAAUGAAACUUAAAAAGUCAUAGCUGGCUUUACCUGUUGUCAUAUUAACAGUACAAAUAUGCAUGAUUGUAUGAACCAGUAAUUGUUGAGAAUGUAUUCUGCUGAAAGAGGGAUUUUUUUUUUUUUACUCAUAAAUAAGUCAACAGUAAGAGUUAUUCUUCUGGGUAUGACACAGUCAUAUGAACAAGCUUUUGUUUGUGUCCUUAUUUUAAAUAAUCAGAGCAAAUUUAUUAAAAUGCGGUAGAAAGGACUAUUCCCAGGGAUUUUAAUGCACAAACCAUAUUGUGAAAAGAGAUGAGCCUCUGUACUGUAAAUAAGAGGAAUGAAGUGAGAGAGAAAUGUUCAAUAUUUUUUGAGUUUAGAGUGUAGUAAAUAAAAGGUGAUGUAAAUAAAUAUUGCACAACUGUGUUUAUGAUACUUUUAUUAGGACUUCAGGAAAAAUUGCACAUUCUCAGAAGCUCUUGAUGUCACUCUAAUUAGGAGGGGAAAAUGCUGCUAAUGAGAACAGUCGCAAAUUUUAAUUACAAGAGCAGCCUGUGGAUAUGAUCACUUAAAUAUCUUUGUGGUGAUUUGUGCCAUUGCUUUUUUAUUUAAAAAUUUUUUAUAAUUA